AUGAAUCUUUGGGGAAACAGGAGUUUUUAUAAAAGAUUUGUCACUUCAGCGGUUUUGCUAGAAUUUUCCAAAGCACUACAGAUUUCCGGUGUUCGGUUGUCGAAAAUUUCCAGCGUUAAGCUUCCAAUCAGAUUCUCUCCUAUAGAGGCUAUUUUCUAUACUGUUUUCCAUCCAACUGAAGGUACCAAAGUAUCUCAACAAGUACCAUUAGGAUCAAUUGUUACACCAGCUAAGACCACUUCUGAUGUUUUGAAUGAACCAUUAAUCGAUUUUGGUCUUGUGAAGAACUAUGUUAUACCCAAGCCUCAACUAUGUAAUAGGCUUAUAUCGUUGAAAGUUGGCAACUAUAGAAUUAUUGGAUAUCCUGUUAAUACAAUUGCACCUUAUUAUGCAAGAAAUUCAUUUAGUUUCAAUUUAUGCUUUGUUUUCAAAUAUGGAAGUGAUACAACGCCUUAUGAAUCUUCAAUUAAAAGAUUAGGUCAAAUGUUCAAGAAUCUUGAGGAACAAUAUCAAUUAUUUUCGAGAAAGGAAAGAGAUCAUUUAUAUUUUAAAGAUGAAAAUAGAAAUACAAGUACUAACACAUCAGCUGGUCUGACAAGUGGUACAAACUCUAAAGAUGGUAGAGUUAAUAGCACUGCGGUAGAUAAUAAUUCUGAUGAUGUCAAUAAAUUGACUUCAAUAACUUAUUUACAAAUUUUAAAUGAUCUUAAUAAUGAUAUUGAUUCUUCCACCCCUUUGGGGAUUGUUCAUAGAGAAGGUUAUACAAUUAAACUAGAUUCAAUAGAAAGUUUAAUUCAACAAAUUUAUCAAGAUUUGAAUAAUUACUCAGAAUGUCUUAUACCAAUCGAUUCAGGUAAUUCUGUUGAUAUAAAACUAUUCCCAUUAUUACCACCACCUCCAAAAUUGAGUCAAGAAGAUGUUCCAAUUUCUACUGUUAGAUUAGAGAGUAUGGUUGAUUUAAACUGGGAUCCUACAAUGCUUAAGAUUUUACCAUUCAUAAAUGGUGUAAAUUCUAUCAAAAAGAUAAGUUCAUUAGCUAAUGCAGAUUAUUGGAUUGUUAAACAAUGCAUUCAACAUUUAAUUUAUUAUAAAUGUAUUAUAAUUAUUGAUAUUUUCCAAUUUUCAAAUAUUUAUGCUCCAACUUCAGAUAUUGAUUUAUUCCUAAAAGAUUCAAACAUGGCUAAUGAAUGUCAGGCUUAUGUUGUUAGUCCUUCAAUUUUUAAAGAUAGACCAUAUCAAACAGAUUCAACAAAUUCAAACAAUUUUAACUUGAAAAAUGUUGAUUCAAACAAAAAGAAUGAUGCAAAUCGUAAUAAAUCAUCAUCAACACUUAAUUUAAAUGCCAAAAGAGGCAAAAAUGAAUUAAUAUUAUUGCCUUCAAAAGCAAAAUUAUUUUAUCUUUAUAGGUCAUUACAUCAGGGUCAAUCAGUUAAAAAUUGGUAUAAAGAUCAUAUCACAGAAUUAGAAUACAUAGAUGUUAGAAGAUUUUUAUCCUUUGGGGUUUUGAGAGGAUUGAUUUAUAGAGUGCACUCAUAUCCAAUCAUUGAUUCUGUUAUUCUUAAUGAUCAAGAUCAAGAUGUGAGAAAUAAAUAUAACCCUUGGUCAAAUUCAACUUCUAAAACUAGUAAUACUAGUGAUGGAGAUGAAGAUGACGAAGAAGAUGAAGAAGAAGAGGGUGAAGAAGAAGAAGAUGAAGAAUUAGAUUCUGAUAAUUCAGAAUCAGAUGAAGUAGCACCAAAGACACUAAUACCUAAGAGUAAACCAAGAAACCCAUUAUUUAAGAGAAACAGUUCUAUGUCACAAAAUGAUAAUUUUUCAAAAGAUCAAAAGGAAAAAAUUGCAAUUAUUGUGAAGAGCAUCAAAAGCUCUAAAAACUUUGAUGCUAUAUGUACGGAACUAGAAAUGGAUAAAAAAUCGGUGGAAGCAUUAAUGCGCAAGAUUGGUCACUUCAAUGUUGUGAAUAGUUGA